UCACGAGGACGUUUCAAGAAACGGGAUUGCCACAAGAGGUCUCUCCUACAUUAUGCUGCCAUGGGGAACUGCACAAAUCUCCUUCUAUAUCUCCUACAGAGUAAGCCAGAUGUGGAUUCCCGUGACCAGUGGGGGCGGACACCACUCUCCUGGGCUGCUGAGUACGGGUCAUUGGCUGUUGCAAAAAUCCUACUCGCGCAAGGAGCAAACAUCAAUGCAUUGGAUUAUGAGAGUGAAUAG